AUGAAGAGUUCGCUGAAGGAGAUAGAUACAAGUAUCAGAUCUGGACUUUCAAUCUUACCUUCAGCGGACUCCAGUAAAAUAUUCCAAACCAGCAUAAGGGAACAUCUUCAACUAAUAGAAGAACACUUAGGUGCAAUGUCAUCCGAGCUGAGGACGAUGAGAGAGCAGAAGCAACGGGCCCCAUCACCUACAGCCUCAAGUCUAGCAACAGAGCUUGCACAAACUGGCGAAGCAGCAACAAAGCCAAAAAAGACAUACACCAGAGUGGCUGCAAGCCCUCCCCUUCCUAAACCCAAUCACACUCUCAUUAUCACAUCAACUGAUUCGAAAAACACAGCCGAAAACAUCAUCGAGAGAAUCAGGGAGGCUCUAGACACAAAAAAGACUGGAGCCAAAGUAGAUAGGGUAAGGAAGGCGAAAAACCAAAAAGUCAUUCUCAGUUGCAACACCAAGGAGGAUCUUAACCUUGUCCAAAAUAGAGUUAAGACAAAUAAAAGUUUAAAAGUAGAGGUUGCCAGAACAAACAAUCCCUUGGCGAUAAUCAGGGACGUGCUAUCGUAUCACACAGACGUCGAAAUCGUGGAAAAUAUACUGGCGCAGAACAAACACCUUCUGUAUGACGUCUUCAUCUUCAUCUUGACAAGUCUAACCUACACAAAAUCAUCGAAGACGAAGAAAAAAGGCCCAAAUUUCUGGCAUUCGUGGAGUCCAUCUUUCGCGCUGCUGCAAAGCGUAACGCCACGUACUAUCCAUUCCCCAGACAGCAGCAAACUGUUGCGGAAUUCGCAGAGGUCUCCGUAA